UACAGGGUUCGAUCCCCUGCAUCUCCAUUUUCUUUGGCCUUUUUGCCUAUUUUCCCUUAUCUCUUCUCGAAUCCAAGUCGUAUUCUGCAAAUUCUGAGUUUCAGUGAAGUCAGCAAUGGCGUUUGCAGUUCCUCUCUUCAACCUUGCUCCAGAUUUGACCGUCUCCAGAUUAUGCUUAGGUACCAUGACUUUCGGUGAGCAAAACACCUUGGCCGAAUCAUUUCAACUCCUCGACAAAGCUUUCAACUCCGGAAUUAAUUUCUUUGAUUCUGCUGAAAUGUAUCCAGUACCCCAGCGUGCAGAAACUCAUGGCAGAAGUGAGGAGUAUUUUGGGCGUUGGAUUAGAGAAAGAAAAGUCCCUCGCGAUAGUGUUGUUUUCGCCACUAAGGUCAGUGGACCAUCUGGACAAAUGUCUUGGAUUCGAAAUGGACCAGAAAGCUUGGAUGCUGAGAACAUAACUGAGGCUAUUGACAAUAGCCUGUUGCGCGUCAAGACUGACUACAUUGACUUGUAUCAAAUUCACUGGCCUGAUCGCUAUGUUCCUAUGUUUGGAGAAACUGACUAUGAUCCCCUAAGACAUUAUACACCAGUAAGUUUCGAGGAACAACUUGAUGCACUAGAACGAGCUGUUGAUGCUGGUAAGAUCAGAUAUGUUGGCCUUAGUAACGAAACACCAUAUGGCAUUAUGAAGUUCCAACAAGUUGCCAAAAGUAGAGCAGGGAAUCUUCAAAUAGUGGCUGUUCAGAAUGCAUACAACUUGUUAUGUCGAAACUUUGAUUUAGCUAUGGCUGAAUGCUGUCACAAUGAGAGGAUAAGCUUGUUGGCAUACAGCCCUCUGGCUAUGGGCAUACUUUCUGGAAAGUACUUUGCCAAAGAUGGAGGUCCAUCUAAUGCUCGUUUAAAUCUGUUUAAAGAGAGAUAUAAGGAAGGGGAGUCCAGAUACAACCUAUCAAAAUCUAAUGUUUUAUAUGCUGCCAAAUCAUACCUAGAGAUUGCAGGCAGAUAUGGCAUUCAUCCAGUUUCUCUUGCAAUUGCCUUCAUUAUGAGACACCCUCUCGUGGCUAGUGUUGUCUUUGGAGCCACAAAAGUUUGGCAGCUUGAAGAGGUUCUUGCUGCAUGUAAGGUCAACCUCAGUCCUGAGAUAAUUACUGAGAUUAACAAGGUCCACUCGAGGUUUCCAAGCCCUUGUCCAUAAUGACCUCAAUUAAAAUGGAUUGCUGAUGCCUUGUGAUUUCUGGCUACAACAUUGAAACUUGAUCAUUGGUAACUGAUGGAGAUUUAUUAAUCUACCGUCAAAAGAAGAUCUAGGAUUUUAACUUGAUUUGUUCAACAUUUAAGGUCAUUUAACACUUGCCAUUGAACCAUUGUAUUUUAAAAUAUGAAUUCAGAAUUUAAUAUUUGUCGAUAGAUUAGUGAUUUUCACCUGCAUUCCGUAUUA